UGACACAACACAGCACAACACAACACAACACAAGACAGGGAAGAUCUGAACCCACCCACCCGCUCGUUGAAGAAGACAGACAGAUUGAUUGAUGGAUAAAUUGAGAUUAUUGUUACUUGUUCUGGCUUCCAUAACAACAACUCUCUCUAUUUUCACUUUCCUCCUCAUUCACCAUAACAACUACUACAACUCUAUCUCUCUUUUCAGCUUCAAAUCUGAUGAAAGACCCAAAGAUCACAACAACAUUAUUAUUGUUACAGACUCACCGCCGGAAAAUGUUACGGGAACCAACUUUCAAUUACAACAACCACCUCAUCAAACUCAGAGUAACGCCGCAUCACAAACAGUGCCUGCAGAUAUUAUCAUUAUUGCUCCAAAAAAUGAUUCCCUUGAAAACCAAAACAAGGAUACUACAUCUAUUAUAUCUUCUUCUACUACCAUUCCUAAUGACCGAUUCCUUGAUGGACUUUUACUUUCUACAUUUGACCCACCAUCUUGCUUGAGUAGAUAUCAAUCUUACUUAUACCGCAAACCUUCACCUUAUAAACCUUGUGCAUAUUUGAUAUCCAAGCUACGAAACUAUGAACUUCUUCAUACAACUUGUGGACCUCAUACCAAAUCAUACGCCAAACUCAUCAUGACCACAAAAAAAAAGGGUACAAAAAAAUUUAGCAAAAAUGAUUGCAAAUACCUUGUUUGGACACCUUCCAAUGGAUUGGGGAACAGGAUAAUAACCUUGGCUGCAGCAUUUCUUUAUGCUAUCCUUACAGACCGGGUUCUACUUGUCAAAUUUGGGAUUGACAUGUUUGGUCUCUUUUGUGACCCAUUUCCUCAUUCCUCCUGGUUAUUGCCCAGGAACUUUCCAUAUUGGAAAGAUCAUAAACAUAUUCAAACAUAUGAAACCAUGCUAAUCAAUAGCAGCAACAAAAACAACAGAUCAAACGAACUUUUGCCGCAAUUUCUUAUUCUUAAUCUACAACACUCCCAUGAUGCUCGUCAUAACAACUUCUUUCAUUGUGAUCAAAGUCAAGGUCUUCUCCACAAAGUUCCUGUUCUCAUUUUGUCGUCGGAUCAAUAUUUUGUCCCUUCUCUUUUUAUGAUUCCAUCAUUUCAACAACAACUAAGCAAAAUGUUCCCUGACAAAGACACUGUUUUUCAUCAUUUGGGGCGUUACCUUUUUCAACCAUCCAAUGAGGCAUGGGAACUAAUUACCAGGUUCUACGAGGCACACUUAGCCAAGGCAAAUGAGAAAAUUGGCUUGCAGAUUAGAGUAUAUAACACUCACCAAGUACCGCAUACAACUGUUAUCAAUGAAAUUCUAGCCUGCACCCUUCAGCAUAAGCUGUUGCCCGAAUUGGACGCGCAGAAGACAGCAACAUCUCAUUUGAAGAAGCAGACAUCAAAAGCUGUUCUAGUGGCAUCUCUAUAUUCUGAAUAUGGUGAGAAGCUGAGGACUAUGUAUAAGGCAAAUACAACUGUGACCGGUGAGGUAAUAAAAGUUUAUCAGCCAAGUCACGAAGGGCGUCAAAAAUCAAAUAAUGACACGCACAAUAUUAAAGCAUGGACAGAAAUAUAUCUACUGAGUCUGUGUGAUGUAUUGAUUACAAGCCCCAAGUCUACUUUUGGGUAUGUUGCCCAUAGUCUUGGAGGUUUAAAGCCAUGGAUUCUAAAGAGGGCAUAUGGGGAAACCAUCCCAAAUCCACCUUGUCAACGAGCAAUGUCCAUGGAGCCUUGUUUCCAUUAUCCUCCCAAAUAUGACUGUAGGGCCAACAACACAGUUGAUUUUACUUCCCUUUAUCAUCACAUGAAGCAUUGUGAGGAUGUAAAAAGUGGAUUGAGGUUGGUUAAUGCUAAUCGUAGGUAACAAAUUAACAUCGUUGGUCCAUGUUCGCUCUAACAUUUCACUACUCAACUUCAUACUUCUAUGUUUGACCGUAUUUGAGGUCCUCAAGAACAGUGAAAGUGUUAUUGACUAGUAGAAACAGUUUCAUUGGAAUGGUCCCCUAUUCCUAGUUCAGUGAAUUGAUGGGAAACCUCGCAUGACCGAAAUCCUCUGCUUGUGCUAGUGCUAAGUAAUCUAUUGGUGAUGAGAUGAUACACAAAUGAACCUCACACGACUGAAGUCCUUUGGUAGACAAGUUAUCUGAGGCUUGCAUGGUUAUGCUUAACUGCUAUUUGUUGGACACCCCUUAAUGUGACUGGUAUAUUGUCUCUCUAUUGAGCAUUAUUUUGAGUAAACCAAUUUGUGUAACAUAAAUUCUUAACUUAGUUACUGUAUUUUGUGUCACUGGUUUUUGCUAAUAGCAUUGUAAUUAUAUUUGUGUGCUCUGAAUAAGAUAUAGCUAGUUCUGGUUCGAGUUGGGAUUAAUGGAAUAUAAACAUUAUAUUCUUAACUUGUUUGUUAGCUUUAAAUUUGGAUUUGUAUCUUUUUACG